AUGGCAUUUCUCCCUCCAGACUUUCUAUUGACGCCAGCGCCCGACGCUACAGUGACCCGCAUCGACUUUGCCAGCACACCAUUACCGGAGUACGCCAACCUACAAGCUUUCGUAAUUGACAAUGCCCUUACCUCGUCAGAAUGCACUACGCUCCUCUCGGCCGCAGAAGCCAGUGAUACCUGGCAAAGAGCCAUGAUUCAAGUCGGCAACGGACGCCAGAGACAAGAGGAUGACCAACGCAAGUGCGGACGUUUGAUCUGGGAUUCUUCAGGUGUGGCUCAGAGGAUAUGGGACAGAGUCAAAUCGUUUGUCUCUGAGAUUGCAAGACUAGACAGGCAGGCAGAAAUCACAGGUGGAAGUGCUGUCAUGCGAGGCGAGGUAUGGGAUGCAAGUAGGCUGAAUGAGAGGUUGAGAUUCUUGAGAUAUGAAGGCGGAGAGUAUUUUCGAGUGCACGAAGAUGGAGUCUAUCAAACGUCUGAUGGANAGCGAGAGAUCCUUCUUCACAUUCCAUCUCUAUCUGAAUGGUCAAGGCGGGAUCAACAACACUUUGACCACAGGAGACGACACGNNCUGCAGGGAGGAGCAACGACCUUCCAUUCGCACAACAUGAAGCGAAGAUACGAUGUUAUGCCCAAGACGGGCCGUGUACUCAUCUUUCAACACAGGAGCCUCUGGCACUCAGGCGAUGAUGUGGUUCGAGGUGUCAAGUACACAAUGAGGAGCGACAUUCUGUACAAGCGCGUGGAAAAUGUUCAACAAAGGUCUGAGUAG